AUGGUUGAUGCUUUUAGUGAAACUGAAACAUUAAAAGAUUUAUGCCAGCACCGAAAUAAGCCUUCUUCUUCUUGUGACAAUCAAACAGAUCUUGAUCAUUCAGAGUUUGAAGAGGAUGAUUCUACAGUAUCAGGAAUUCCCCAUGCACAUAUCACAUCAGAGAAUUUCCCAAGAUCAGAUGAUACACAUAAAUCUCAGCUUAUGCAUACAUCACCAUCAGAACUUAGUCCUUCUAACUCAGCUUCGUCGCAAAAAUAUAAUAAUAUACCUGAAUUACAAAGUCCCUUGGAUGUAAGUAUUAGUCAGAUUGAUGGAACGAAUGAAGGAGUGACACGAGGACCAUUACCUCCUCCUCCUCCUCCAGAUCUAUAUUCAUAUAUUGAUACGUUUGAUGAUAUCUAUUUGACACAAACAAAUAAUCAAGGAAAUUAUCCAUGGUCUCACAAGGUGUAUAAUAAUGCUCCGAAAGCAGAAUCAACGAAUAACCAUCCAAAUUAUAUUCAACAGCCUUCAAAUGACAAACAGCGGAAUGAUAUGAAUACCAUUUGGCCUGAAUCAUGGAUGCCACCAAUACAGCAUGAAAUAAAAGCUACGGAACACAAUUAG